CCGGAAGGGAAGAAGCGUCCCCACGCCCUGCGGGCCUUUGGCGACUCCAGAAGGUUCUGCUGACCCAGCAGUGCAGUCAGCCUGUCACAUUAGCGCCCUCCAAUCGGGGCUCAAGAGAAAAGAAAGCAAACCAAUCCAGGGAAAAGAAUUACCAGACAAAGAAUGUCAGGAAACUCAGAAAGGAAGAAUGAAGUCACUCCUACAAAAGCUGUGGUUAAGGAAGACACAUCUGCAUUAACUGACACAUCUGCAUUAACUGAUGUUGUAGAGCAAGUUGCAAAACAACAACAGUCACAAACAUCAGAAAUAGAAAAACAUAAAAAAAUUCUGUUCCAUUUGCAGAUUGAACUUCAUGAUCUGGAAAAACAAAUAGCGACUACUGCUGAAGAAGCUAAAGAAACAGACAGGCAAAUGCGUCAGCAAGAUGCUGCCGUGGAGAAUUCUAAAGUUCACUGUGGACUCUUAGAAGCUCAAAUUGAGUCCUUAUAUUCAGAAAGUUUAAAGCUUAGGUUUGAUACAGAAACAGCCCAAGAAAAAUUUGAUGAACAAAUGAUAAAAUAUAAUGCAUAUUAUAUAAAAAUAAAAGCUUAUAAAGAUAAUUUAGGAGAGAUAAAAAACCAAUGUUCAUUUAUGACUGAACUCUAUAAAAAACGAGAUCUCAUCAAAAAUCUAAAGACAAUGAAAGAAAAUCUUAUGGAAAGUCUCCAAGAUUCACAAGGGAACUGUACAAUACAAAUACAGGAAGACAUUUCCGAGAUAAAGAAUAAAAUUAUGACAGUAAAAGAGUCAAUCAUCGAAAAAACAUCUUUUCUUGAAGAAGAGAAAAAGACACAUGAAAAAUUAAGAAAAGAAAUAGAGGUACAACAUAAGAGAUAUGAAGCAAUUCUUAAGCGUUUGCACUGUCAGGUGAACAAGAUUCAGUUAAAUAGGAGGAAAUGGCAAUGGAACAUCCAACAACUGGAAAAAACUGCAGCUGAGUUAAAAAAGCAGAUCAGAGAGAAGGAAGCCAGUGAAAUACAGACCAGGCCAGCAGCACUGUGGGAAAGAAUACUGUGAAGAUCCUCUGGGCUCUUAACAGCCCGUCUCCAUGACAGAUGCUUUCCUUUUCUUCCCCUCCUCCUCUCCCUUCUUUUUGUGUUUUGAGUCAGGAAUCUGCGGGUUAAAGUGCCUUCCUGUCAAUAGUGCGCAGCACAAGGUAGACAAUAGCAGUGUUUACAGGAAGCUAGCAGAAGAGUAGAUUUGCAUAUUUCAAAUGUGCAUUCCUGAAUGCUUGUUUAUAACUGUUGAAUUCACAAUCUUACAAAUUAAAAAUUUAGAAGAAACAAUUGGAUUUUCAAUGACUUAAGCUGCUGAGAUAAAUAGUUGUCUGUUUAAGAAGUUUUUUACAACUGUCUUCAAAGUAGCCCUUAAAUAUUAAUAUUCAUGAUAAUGUCAUUAUCUGUUUUAUUGUUUCCUCUUUUCUCCAGAAGGUAGCAAUCAUUUUCCUUUGUUAUUAAAUAACAUAUAUUAGAGUGUUACAGUACAUAAGAUUUGUGUUUACUCUUCAGUCUAUAAAUUCUUUAUUCCUAUAUUGUGACUAAAAUAAAGUUAUA